AUAGUUUCUCUCUAUCUAACACAUAUUUUCCGCGAACUCGAUCGGCAUCGGCAGAACCCACUCGAGGGGGAAGAAAAGAAAAAGAAAAACCCACCACGACACCAAUUCCCUCCGAUUUUUCCUUCUCUUUUCUUAACCACAUAUUUUCCCUUCUCAUUCGCUUUUCCCAUUUCCUUCUCAUUUCCAUCGCCCAAUUAAUCAUCAAUUAAUUAAUUAUUCAAUUAGGGUUUCGAUUCUUCAAUUCCUUCCUCAUUCUCUUAUCGCUCUUAUCAAUUCUUUCAUUCCUCAUAUCCUUUCUUUGAUCCUUUAUCAUCAUCCUUUCAUUCCCAGUAGAAAAUAAAACACCAAAAAAAAAGAGAAAGAUUCUAUUUUUCUUCAUCCUAUUCGAUUUUAGCUGUUUUUAUUUUUAAUUCUUGUUUAUUGUUUGUUAUUAUAAUUUGGUUCUUAAGAUUCAAGAAACUCUGUGAAGUUUUUGGUGCGUUGUUUUAGUUUGCUAUCAAUAAUCGAGGGUUUUCUUGUUAGAUCUAUUCCACUUCUUUCUUUCUUUUUUUCUCCAUUUUUAUUUUCUUUUUCUUUUUCCUUGUUAGAAUCUAAAAAAGAAAAGAAAAAAAGAAAAAUUGUUGGUUUGAUCGGAAUUGAUCAAAUUCACCUCCCCCAAAAAUUAGGGUUUGUUGUGGCUGAUUGAUUUGGUUAGGGUUUGUUGUAUAUAGAUAGAAACAAAGAGGAAAUUUAUGCGAUGGCAUUGAAUUUCUCUCAUCGACCGAUAUUUUCGGCUGGUUUGUCUGAGGAUAAUUUGAGAAUGGGAAAUGGGUAUAGAGUGGAAGGUAUUUCUGAGACUGGUGGUGGUGGUGGUGGUAGUGGUAGUAGUGGGGAUGGAUUUGGGAAUGGGUGGCAUAAUGUUGAUAAUUGUUUUGAUUAUGGUGGUAGUGAUAGAUGUGAUAGAGGGGGUGGUGUAAGUGGUGCUACUCAGGAUUCUGUUUCGAAGGAUAUUCUUGAUCUUUUGCCUUCGGAUCCUUUUGGUAUGGAUAUCAGUACGACGUUCACAGCCAUCACUGGAUGGCUGGAGGAUUUGGAUUUUGAUUAUGGUGGAUAUCAUGUAAAUGAUGAGAUUGGGACAAGUGGUGAGAAUUACCCUUUGUUUGCUGGGUUGAAUUUCAUUUGGAAUAAUGCUGUUAGGUUCCACACUUUUCCUCAAGGGGGAAAUGUGUGCAUUGAAGAGAAGGAUUUUCGCGGGGUGAGUGGAUUCAGUGAGUUUUCUCGUAGAGAAGCUGGAGAAGUAUCCUGCAGCGAGAAAAUUUUUCAUGGGGUGAGGGGAUUUGGUGAGUUUUCUCGGAGAGAAGUUGGAGAGGCUUCAUGCAUCAAGAAGAAUUUUCAAGGGAUGAGUGGAUUUGGUGAAUUUUCCAGGAGAGAAGUUGGAGAAGCAUCCUGCAGCUUUGGGGCUGGAUCUUCUUGUGACAUGGAUGCCGUUUUAGAUUUUAGAUGUGAUUAUAAAGAUGUGGCUAUUGCUAACGUGUCAGGUGACACGGACAUGGAUGAUGUGAAUUUCCUUGAAGGAGAUGAGCGCAUUCUUCAUUCAGUUAUAAAUUCGUCUCUUAGGUAUCUGGGUUUGUCUGAUCUUCUUGUUCUUGAGAGAGUAUGUAAAUCUCUGCAUUCUACUGUUCGUGAUCCGCAAAUGUGGACAAGUAUCCACAUUGACCAGCCUUUAAAUGAAAGAAUCACUGACGACAUUCUUUUGGAAUUAACCAAUAGGGCUCAAGGUCUUCUUCAGUGUCUGAGCCUGGUGGAGUGCACUAGGAUAACCGAUGAUGGUCUGAGGCGUGUUCUUGAAGUCAAUCCCAAAUUAAGCAAGUUGAGUGUUCCUGGAUGCACAAGACUUAGUAUUGAAGGUAUUGUGGGUAUGUUAAAAGCUUACAACUCUAUGGGUACACAGAAGGUGAAGCAUUUACACAUAGGUGGCCUUUAUGGCGUUACACAAAAGCAUUUUGAACAAAUAAAGCUCUUGUUGGGCACUGACAAGAAACGACUGGAGAAUGCUCUUGACAGUCAACCACAUGAGAAUGCUCGUGACAGUCAACCACAAGAGAAUGCUCCUGACAGUCAACUACUAGAGCAUUCUCACAAACCGCACUUCUAUUGCCGCUGGAACUUGUAUCUGCCCUGCGAUGAUGAUCGGGACCUGGAUAUUGAAGUUUGUCCUCGAUGUCAGAAUUUAAGGCUUGUAUAUGAUUGUCCUGCAGAAGGCUGUCAAGGAGUUGGUGGGCAUGCCACUCAGUUGUGCAGGGCUUGCACACUCUGCAUACCACGAUGUAGUCAGUGUGGCCGCUGCAUCAAUGACAGCGAGUACGAAGAAACAUUUUGUCUGGAAUUGCUUUGCUCUCAUUGUUCUCAGCAUUUGGUCAAACCGUUAGAAGGGACAGUUGGAAAGAUUGCAUUAGUCAGCUCAGUUCUCCCCGAACAAAGUUAGGGCAUGUGUUGUGUCGUACAUUAUCAUACCAAAGAAGUCUUUUAUGAGGAAUUGUCCCCUUUUGAAGUCAUAGAAAUGCUAGGUGCUGCUUGACUUGUUUGGCAUUCUUUGUAUUUGGUGGGAAUCUUCCUGUUGUAGAGAAGUUGGAAAUUGAUCUCGACUUUGUUUCUCUGCUGCUACUUGAGUAACCUGCAGGAGCCGAAUCAAUUGCUGUGAUUAUGAAUUGCCUACUGCAUAGUUGCACUGUGAUCAUCGGGGCUGCAGCUGGAGUGACAUGCUUUGCAAUGAAACCUUUCAUUGGGUCACUUUCAGAUAAUAUUUGUGAUAUAGUUCUACUGCUUUACCAGUUUGAAUGAUCUGAUUUCUGGACUUAAGGUCACUUCAAUAACUGCACUGGUAAUUCACUGUUUCCGUGUUGGAGUCCAUGUAACCUGUUUAUUCUUGUUCCCAUCUUUGGAUAAGACAAAAAAAAAAAAAAAAUAAGUGGAUAAUAUUGUGAUGUCUUUGGAUCUUCACGUGUGUUAUUUUAGCUUGUAUCAAGUGGAACUCAUUUUACUGUGGAUCAUAAAAUGAUUAUCUUGGGAUUUUUUAGCGAAAUAAUUGUGUUGCAUAUUUA